AUGAAUCCUCAUGACAGUCGUGCUGUCAAUCAUCAUGAUCCAGAGACUCAUGCCCACAUCACUGAGGCAGGAAACCUAGUACUGCAUUUGCUUCUGGGGGAAUCGGGACGGAACAAGCCAACAUUCCAGGCCCAGGGGACCCAUCAGGUAACCAUUGAGGUGGUUGUAUUGGUUCAUGGAGAACUGCGAAUAGAGAUAAAAGGACAACAUGAGGAAGAUGGGGCGGCAACACAGCAAGCCAGAAGAAGGUAUAAACGUGAGUGGGUGAAAUUCGCAAAACCCUGCAGAGAAAGAGAAGACAACUCAAAAAGAAACCCCAUUGCCAAGAUUACUUCAGAUUUCCAAGCAACUCAGAAGAUUACCUACCGAAUCUCUGGGGUAGGAAUUGAUCAGCCUCCUUUUGGAAUCUUUGUGGUUGACCAAAACACUGGAGAUAUUAACAUAACAGCCAUAGUAGACAGAGAAGAAACCCCAAGCUUCCUGAUCACCUGCCGUGCCCUAAAUGUCCAGGGACAAGAUGUAGAGAAGCCACUUAUAUUAACAGUGAAAAUUUUAGAUGUUAAUGAUAAUUCACCAGUAUUUUCACAAAGAACAUUCGAGGGUGAAAUUGAAGAAAACAGUGCUUCAAACUCACUGGUGAUGAUACUCAAUGCCACAGAUGCAGAUGAGCCAAAUCAUUUGAACUCUAAAAUUGCCUUCAAAAUUGUCUCUCAGGAACCUGCAGGCACACCCAUGUUUCUCAUAAGCAGAAACACUGGAGAAGUCAGAACUUUGACCAAUUCUCUUGAUCGCGAGCAAAUUAGCAGCUAUCGUCUUGUUGUGACUGGUGCAGACAAAGAUGGAGAUGGACUAUCCACUCAGUGUGAAUGUACUAUUAAAGUGAAGGAUGUCAACGACAACUUCCCAACACUUAGAGACUCUCAGUAUUCAGCAAGUAUUAAGGAAAACACUCUAAGCUCUGAGUUGAUUCGAUUUCAUGUAACAGACUGGGAUGAAGAGUUCACAGAUAAUUGGCUUGCUGUCUAUUUUUUUACCUCUGGAAAUGAAGGGAAUUGGUUUGAAAUAGAAACUGAUCCCAGAACUAAUGAAGGCAUCUUGAAGGUGGUGAAGGCUCUAGAUUAUGAACAAAUACAAAACAUGCAAUUUAGUAUUGGUGUCAGAAACAAAGCUGAAUUUCACCAAUCAGUAAUCUCUCAAUAUCGAGUUCAGCGAGUCCCAGUCACAGUUCAUGUAAUAAAUGUAAAAGAAGGAAUCGCAUUCCGUCCUACUUCCAAGACAUUUACUGUGCAAAAAGGCAUCAGUAAUAAAAAAUUGGUCAAUUAUGUCCUGGGGACAUAUGAAGCCAUUGAUGAAGACACUGGCAAAGCUGCCACAUCUGUCAGAUAUGUUAUGGGUCGUAAUGAUGGUGGUUUGCUAAUUGUUGAUUCAAAAACUGCUCAAAUCAGAUUUGUCAAAAACAUUGAUCGGGAUUCGACUUUCAUAGUAAACAAGACAAUCACCGCUGAGGUUCUGGCCAUAGAUGAAAACACAGGUAGAACUUCCACAGGCACCGUAUUUGUUGAAGUACCAGGUUUUAAUGAAAAUUGCCCAACAGUUGUCCUUGAAAAAGAAAGAGUUUGUAGUUCCUCACCUUCCGUGAUUGUCUCAGCACGAACACUGGACAGGGAUAAAUACGCUGGCCCCUACACAUUCUCACUGGAAGACCAACCUGUAAAGUUACCUGUGAUAUGGCGCAUCACAACACUCAACGCUACUUCCGCACAGCUCAGAGCCCAACAGCAGGUGUCUCCUGGCGUGUACAGACUCCCCCUCGUGCUUACGGACCGAGAGGAUAGGCAGUGCGAGACGCCGGAGAGCCUGACCCUGGAAGUCUGUCAGUGUGAUGACAGGGGCAUCUGUGGGACUUCUGGACCAGUCAGAGACCCCACGAUCUACAGAAAUCCUGCUUCCUGGAGGCUGGGGCCUGCUGCUAUAGGCCUGCUCCUCCUGGGCUUGUUGCUGUUGCUGUUGGCCCCACUUCUGCUGCUGAUCUGUGACUGUGGGACCAGUCCUAUUGGGGGAGGGACCGGAGGUUUUAUCCCAGUCCCAGAUGGUUCAGAAGGAACCAUUCAUCAGUGGGGAAUCGAAGGAGCCCAUCCUGAAGACAAGGAAAUCACAAAUAUUCGUGUGUCACCUAUAGCAGCCAACGGAGCUGAAUUCAUGGAAAGUUCUGAAGUCUGUACAAAUAUGUAUGCUGGUGGGACAGUGGUGGAAGGAGCUUCGGGGAUGGAGCUGACCACCAGGCUGGGAGCAGCCUCUGGAUCUGGAGCCACGGCAGGCUUUGCAGCAGCAGCCGGACUUGGUUCCACUGGGCAGUCUGGGACAAUGAGAACAAGACAUUCCACUGGCGGAACCAGUAAGGACUAUGCUGACGGGGCGAUCAGCAUGAACUUCCUGGAUUCCUACUUUUCUCAGAAAGCGUUUGCCUGUGCCGAGGAAGAGGGUGUCCAGGACGGAAACGACUGCUUGUUGAUCUAUGAUAAUGAGGAGGACGUGGCCGGCCCCAGUUCUCCCGUGGGCUCCCUGGGCUGUUGCAGCUUUAUUGCCGAUGACCUGGAUGACAGCUUCUUGGACUCGCUCGGCCCCAAAUUUAAAAGACUUGCAGAGAUAAGCCUCGGCAUGGAUGAAGAGACCCAACGGGCUCAGCUCUCCUCUCAAGACAGCGGGGCUAGGAGCGAAUCCAGGGGGCCAGCCCCGGACACGCAGCAGGCAGGAACGAUGAGGGGCCAGACUCUGUCAGGCAGUCAAGGAGUCUUUACGUUGUCUGCUUCAGGGUCUGUGCAACCAGCCAUUUCCAUCCCUGACCCCCUCCAGCACGCUAACUAUUUGGUGACGGAGACCUACUCGGCUUCUAGUUCCCUCGUGCAGCCUUCCCCUGUUGUCUCUGAUCCACUCCUCACGCAGAGCGUAACAGUGACAGAAAGGGUGGUGUGUCCCAGGGCCGCUGUUUCUGGCAGCCUCAUUGUCCCGACAGAGCUACGAGGGUCCCGCAGUAUCCUCUGUACAGAAGACCCUUGCUCCCGUCUGAUAUGA